CGUAUAUUUUCCACCAAGAUUUAGUCGUUCUUUCAAUUAAAGCUGUACAACCUCUCGAUUUGUCAUAAUGGCAAAUUUACCAAUCAUAGGUAUCUACAAGGUUUUGUACAGUUAUGAACCGGAACCAAUCGAUCCAAAUGAACAUAUUCCAGAAACAGAACGAGAAUUAUCAAUUGUGGAAGACGAAAUACUUUGUCUUUUGCAGAAAGGAGAGGAUGAUUGGUAUCUAGUCAAGCGAAAUGUUAAUAGUUCCGACAAGGAUGAAGAAAUUGGCAUCGUUCCUUCUAACUAUAUUGCUGAAGAUGAGCCUUCAGCAAGGAUGAAAAGUCUGUAUGGUUAUGAAAAGCAAUCAAUAGAUGAGGUCUCAUUUCCAGCUGACGAGGCGUUGGAUGCUUAUGGAAGCACUGAUGAAGAUUGGGUUUUGACAAGAUAUAAACAACAAUAUGGACUUGCCCCAAGAAACUAUCUUGAACCUUUGGAUGCAUCAGCUUCUACAGCAAUGCCAAGUGCCCCUGCUCCACCACCGCUUCCUCCUUCUGUGGAGCAUGAACCACAACCUGCUCGUUCUCAGCAAUCUCCCCUUCCUCAACAGCAAAUGCAACCAUCAUCACCACCACCAAUUCCUCAUCCUCAACCUUCUGUAUCCGUUUCUUCUCCUCCUCCUCCUCCUGUUCCUCCUUUACCUCAAGAUUACACAUCUCCACCACCUCACCCGCCUCCUGUUGAAGAAGAAGAUUUAUCGGACGCCGAUGAACCUGAUGACUAUUAUUCUUCUAGCAGAGAGCAAGAGGUUCCUCCUACAUAUACUCUUCCGCGGACCGAAACUUUACCGCCGCCCCCUCCUCCCCCUGCUCCCGCCGAGCCUACUGCUGCAAAGUCUAUUUCUUCCCCUCCUCCACCCCCUUUACCUCCCGUACAACCUCCCAGACCUAGCGUAAGCACUACUACUGCCACUGCUACUCCAAGCAGAUCGAAGGAUUACACCAACAUGCCUUCCUCUCCUACUUCUCCUUCAGACGCUUAUGGAGAUCCUGGUCGACACAUUAAACUUCGUGCAGGCGGAUCUCAGGAGGAAAGCAACAUGGACGACAACGUUUCCUUUGAUGAUCCAGCUUUUAGGAAAUGGGAAGUUCGUGAAGUUGUUGGCAAGAAAAAGAAGCGCGUCGGGAUCCUCGCUAUCAAUAACAAAUCUGUUGUACUUACUUUCACAAAGAGCAUGGAGUCGGCGGAAGUUUUUUCCGUCACUGACCUUAUAAAUUACUCUGCUGAACGAAAGCAUGUCUUUAUCGAAUAUAAACGAGAGGACGGAAUUUCCUCCUUACAUUUGCAUGCUAAUAGCAAUGGUAAUGCUGAUAGCAUCAUUCGUGCUUUAGGUGAUGUAGCUGGAUCUGCUAGAGCAGCCGGCCUUCGUGAAAUCGCCGAAGCUAGUGGCAAGCCUAUGCCUAACUUGCCUUCUGAUUCCGCCUUGUACAAGUUGAACGAGGCUUCCGAAACAUCUGGUACCCGUGGUGGAAGAACCGGUUUCUAUGAAGCUUCCACUGUAUACAACAGUGGUAGAUCACCUGCUGAUGAAGGAUCAUCGGCUGCUCCUUCAACUACCGAUAAGAUGGGUACUGUUGUCUAUGGAUUUGAGGCCGAAGCCCCUGACGAGUUGACUGUUAGUGCAAAUGAUCGAGUUGUCAUCGUAAAUGAUACUGCUAGUAGUGAUUGGUGGAAAUGUCGUCUGAAUGGAAAAGAGGGUGUGGUUCCAGCCAGUUUCAUCAAGCCUGAUUCUACAUCGCAUGAAAGAUCUGCUUCCAAACCGUCCAAUGGUGGUUUGUCGAGGAAAUCUUCUCGACAUGAACCCAAAGAGGAACCAAAGCAUGAAAAGAAAGAAGCUCGCAGAAGAUCUCGUAGUCACUCUGUCAUUAAGCCCGAUGAUACAAAGCUUCGUACUUGGACAGAUAGAACCGGCGCUUUCAAGGUUGAUGCUGAAUUUUUAGGUUUUAGUGAUGAUAAAAUUCACUUACACAAGUCCAACGGCGUUAAGAUCUCUGUACCAAGUACGAAAAUGUCAUACAAAGACCUUGAUUUUGUGGAGCUUAUGACUGGCAAGAAAGUUUAUUCUCGCUCUGAACGCCGCAAAGAAACACAUAAGGAGCCCCGUAGUAAACCAGUGAAUGAAAAUGAUGAGGAUAUCCCUCCAUCUCAGCCCGCUCGUCCCCAAAGCAGACCAGCUCUAGCUCCUCCUACUACCACCGAAGCUAAAGAUAAAAUUGAUGUUAUUCAAGAGAGACCUAAAAUUACAUAUGAUUGGUUUGACUUCUUUCUACGUUGCGGUGUUGAUUUCACUGUCUGUAACCGCUAUACCCGUAAUUUCAACAAUGAACAUUUGGAUGAAACGUGCAUUCCCUCUUUAACGCCUGAAACGUUACGAACUUUAGGUCUCAAAGAAGGCGAUGUGAUUCGUGUCAUGAAGCAUGUAAAUGAAAUGAAUGGAGUGCCUUCUAGUCCUGCUGUAUUAAAACCUGCUGAAGUAAAAACGGAAGCUCCUUCUACUCCAGCUACUCCUGAAGUGCAAAUACCACAGCCUGUACCCUCCAAGGUUCCGACUAGCAAGCCUGCUGCUCCUGUGAAUCAACAAUUUGAGGAUGAUGCUUGGUCAAAUAAACCUAUUGAAGAACCUACUAUUCGAUCGUCUUCAGCUCCCCAACACAAGACCGAACUUGAAUCUGAUAUGCAAAAAUUAGACUUGUCCGAAAAAGUAAAGGCACCUGAGCCUGCUCCACGUGCUUCAUCGGUGUCCGCUACAGAUGUUUCAAACAAGAAGGCUGAAGAGAAUGAAAAAUCAUCUCAAGGAGCUAUAGCACCUCAGCCUACUGGCAUUACUAUCCAAAAUGCCUAUUUCACUUCUGCUCCCCCUGCCUACUCAGACCCUUUUCAAUCACCUCUGUACGUACAACCAACAGGUUUUCAACCACCUGUCAGUGCUUUACCCAGUCAGCCUACUGGUUAUCAAGCUCACAUGUCACCAUUAUCUAUGCAGCCAACUGGACAUCAACAACCAAUGGAUUUCAUAGCUUCUCAGCCUACUGCCAUUAAGGCUCAACUAACUGGCUUUCCUGCUCAGCCCACUGGGAUGUCGUAUCAACCAACCGGUAUGAAUAGUCAGACGACAGGUGUUGCGAUGCAGCCAACGGGAAUGCAAUACCAAACAACCGGGGUUACACCUCAGCAGUAUAGAUCUGUAAUGCCUCAAAAUACUGGUCAGCAACAUGACUUUAUGUCUGGUAUGCAAGGUCAGAGGACAGAUAUAGCAUCUCAACCAACCGGUUUACAGAAUCAGUUCACUGGAUAUCAGCAACCUUUCACUCCUGCUCCUAUGCAACCAAGUUACGGGUAUAAUAUGCAACCUAAUUUUAAUGACCAGUCGAUGUAUUAUAAUGUUGCGCCCACUUCGUUUGCAUAUGACCAACAAAGUAUGUAUGCACCUAUGGAUCAACAAGGUUUUUAUGGAGCAGAUAUGCAAGGCCAAAUGGGAAUGCAACAACCUUAUAUGCAAAACUACUAUGAUCCUUCACAACAAAUGGCUUAUGGAUACGAUAACAACGGUAUGGAUGCAUAUGGUUCUGGAUAUGGAUAUGGUCAACCUUAUGGGGGUAUGCCUAAUGAGACGUCCAAUGAUCCAGUAUCAAAUCCUGGUUUAUACAUGCCUGCAGGCUAUGAAAAUAUGCAGCAGCCUUCUGAUUACUAUCAACCUUCUUUUUCUGGAAUAGACCACAAUGGAAAUCCGAAUGCCAGAAAGGCGAGUAUAACUCAAGCUACGCCAGAUAAUCCAUUUGGAUUUUGAUGCUCUUUUUUGAUGAAAAUAUUAUCAUUAACCUCAGUUAUCGUACAUAAUGACUUAUUCUUUUCAGUUUUUUCUUUUUGUUUUUGCAAGAAAAGAUUUUACCUAGUAUAUUUAUGUAGUUAGUCUUAGUUCCUUAUAAAUACGUCCUUUGAAAGCUAAAACUUUGUCAAAUAAAAUAUGAGAUGUUUUUUUGCUGCC